GUCCCACAAAACUGCUGACCAGCCUCGACUGGCUGGUGGCUGCGCACAGUUCCACCCCCAUUCGCAGCGCUCGGCGCAACGUCAGGCACCACUGAUCGAUCGCCGCUCGCAUUAUCCAAUUUAUUAACCCACACACACAUAUCAUCAUGGCGGCAGUUGCAAACAGCGGCCACACCGUGCGCAAGAUCGGCGACCAGCGGCGCCCCGUGCUCAAGCACGCGCUCGACAAGCCCUUCACCACACCGUGGCCCACUGCCACACCGGCACUGCAGUGCGAGAUUGUUGACGCCCUGUGUGCGGCACUGCAGCCGCGCCGCUCCGCCCAGAAAGCAGCCAAAGCAGCCAAAGCAGCUAAUAAAGCAAAAUCGCAAAAGAACAAGGAUGAAAAAAAGGGCCAGCAGGCAGCGUCAGCGCAGACCACCUAUGCUACUUCUGCUGCUGCUGGUGUGCGCCAGCAGAUAGCCGACAGCAUGGAGACCGACAGUACCGAGGCUGCCAAGGCCGGAUUGGCCCUGCUCGACUAUAUUCACAAGGCUGACCUGGCGUUGGUUGUUGUGUGCAAGGGUGAUGUGGAGCCGCAAAUGAUCGCCCAUCUUCCAGCGCUGGCGCACGCGGCCCAGGCGGCCAGCUCAAAUUCUGCCGAGCACAGCGAUGGUCCUGGGCUUCGGCUUGUUGCUGUGGGCAAGGGCUCAGAGCAGAGGCUGGCGGCGGCAGUUGGACAGCAGCGGGUGACUGUGCUGGGGAUUAGGUCUGGAUCGCCGCAGCUCGAUUCAAUUUUGGAAAAGGCACGUGCGGGCAUUCUGGCACCAGUCGUGCCCUGGAUUGGGGCUGGCAUCAGCAUGGGCGGCAGCAUGAGCAGCAGCAGUGCAGAUCUUGCAAAGCCUGGGCUCAAAGCAAUGGCUGCGCUCGAGCUGCAUACAACAGCGCCCACUCUGAACAGGCAGCAAAACGCAAAGGCCAAGGCCAAAGCCAACCCCGCUGCCGAAGCCGCCAAUGCUGGCAAAGAUUGCUCGGAGAAUGCACCCGCGACAGCAGGCCCAAAAAAGCGCAAACAGGAGUUGCGUGCAAACACAACGAAUAGCAAAAGGACAAAAGUACACAACAACAGUGUCCCUUAAAAUGCCGGUUACUAAAAUUGUAAUCUGUACAAGAACACGGGCAAAGUGCUAGCUGCGCUGAUUAUUCUUGUGGAUAAUCGUGUUUUUUAUAUUAAUGUUUCUUGUGAAUUGGCUCGGGUCGUCACUUUUUAAAUAACCUUAUUCGUUGGGCUUUAGCUGCAAACGACAAAAUAUGUUUACCAUGUGCAUUUCAGCUGUUAUUACAUAAAUACACAUUGUUAAUCAAAGC